AUGGUUUUAAUCAACCGCAUAAUGUUAUACGAAAUUUACGGUUCCUCCAACUCUGAGCAGUGUUUCCCAAGUUUCCACCUUAGGUUCUCCCUUCUUUUCUCCUUACUAUUGUUGGUGCCCCCUGGAUCAUCUACUGUGCAACACACAGCCGCCUCUCAUCUCCCUGCCUCCUCAAUCGGAUCUUUCAAGCUUCCGCCACUUUCGUCAAUAUUGCCAACAAAUGGUGUAUCCAGCUCAUUGAAACCUCCUCUUCCUCUUGGUCGUGCCAAUGUUCCCUCCCUUGAUUUUUCCAGCUUUCCUCCCAGAACCGUUGGUCCGACUGCCCUUGGCAAGUCACAGCAAAUUCCAACCUUCACACCUUUGAUUUGUGAUCCCAUAGUUCAUAUUCCGGUCAUCGGCGUUUGCUCUUCAGGACAAGGCUACUUGGUUAGUGCUGGUCCUACCAUAUCAACUACAAUCCCUCCAUUGCAUCCAAACCUUGUGAACCCAUUAUUACCCGAUGCUACCAAUUCUGUGGUGGAGAAAGGUGCAAGAGAAACUCUCCGGCUGCUCAUCAGCAGCUCAACUCAGAGCAACCCUCCAUUGAUUGAUGUACUACCAGCGGUUCUAACUGCUACCGACGAGAAAAAGGGUAUCCUUGUUACUGGAAGCAGGGGGCUGUACGGUGGAACUAGAGAUGUUAGCGGCAUUGCCACCAUGAGUUUCGCUACACUUUCGUCAACCUCCAUGGAAGAUAGCUUUAUAAGACAAUGUAGCAGCAGUCAUGAUAAUCCCGAUACGAAGAAGCCGAGGGAAUCUAUGCUCGGAAGGUUCUUGUUCAAUCAGUGAUGGCAGUGCUGCUAAGCUUUCGGACUGAAAAGGAGUUUAGUGGUCUAAAUAAAACGAAUAGGCAAUGUUUUUGCUUUCCGUGUAGAUCUUUUGUUGGUUGAAAGUGAAAACUGUAACGCAAUCUGCAGUUCGUCAUAUUUCUAAUUUCUACCAUUUCUUGAAUGCAAGUGAGAUUCAUUGAGCGUGGCUCCAUGGCUUUCGUUCAUGAAAUCUAUUCACUUUUAUAAUA